ACGAAGUCACACGCCUCCCCAUCUGCGCUUGCGCACGGGAGGAACACGGUCUCCGGAAGGCGCCGGGGCCUCCGGGCGUGCGCAGACGCAGAGCUACCUCACGGCGGAACUGGGGCGUCCGGGAUCCGGCAACCUAAAACACCCGGUGUGAAAGGAAGGUGGCAGCCGUGGAUCGGCGCGCAUGCGCGGCGGCUGUCCGUGCUGAAGGGUUGCUAGGCGGACCGGGGCGGCCAGCUGGGCUCGGAGUGGAGCAGGGUCAGGAUGGACGAGGACGUGCUGACCACCCUGAAGAUCCUCAUCAUCGGCGAGAGUGGGGUGGGCAAGUCCAGCCUACUCUUGAGGUUCACAGAUGAUACUUUUGAUCCAGAACUUGCAGCAACAAUAGGUGUUGACUUUAAAGUGAAAACAAUUUCAGUGGAUGGAAAUAAGGCUAAACUUGCAAUAUGGGAUACUGCUGGUCAAGAGAGGUUUAGAACAUUAACUCCCAGCUAUUACAGAGGUGCACAGGGUGUUAUAUUAGUUUAUGAUGUCACAAGAAGAGACACCUUUGUUAAACUGGAUAAUUGGUUAAAUGAAUUGGAAACAUACUGUACAAGGAAUGACAUAGUCAACAUGCUAGUUGGAAAUAAAAUUGAUAAGGAAAAUCGUGAAGUCGAUAGAAAUGAAGGCCUGAAGUUUGCACGAAAGCAUUCCAUGUUAUUUAUAGAGGCAAGUGCAAAAACCUGUGAUGGUGUACAGUGUGCCUUUGAGGAACUUGUUGAAAAGAUCAUUCAGACACCAGGACUGUGGGAAAGUGAGAACCAGAAUAAAGGAGUGAAACUGUCACACAGGGAAGAAGGCAGCGGAGGCGGAGCCUGCGGUGGUUACUGUUCUGUGUUAUAAACUCUGGGAAAUUCCAACUCUUGCCUAUUUGAUCAGAUAGUGUCAUCUUUCUGUAUAUAAACUCUUUAACUGCUAUUUUAGGGACCUUGCAGUUUGCACAUAAUUGUUUUUUAUCAUGGCAGUAAAUAUUUGCAAGAAAUCCCAUUCAUUGGCUUUCCUAGGUGAAAUGUUACAGUACGCAUGCACGGUUCGCAGUCUGCAGUUUUUUUUAUGUAACAUAAAAUAGGUGUACCUUUACAAGUACAUUUGAUUUUAUGAUUUACAUUUAUCAUGUAAUUAAAAAAAAUCCAUCUACUAUCUAGUAUAUGUUGACACAAGGUCUGCUUUUGGUCUUCUUUUUGCUUAAAUACUCCUAUCAGUUACUGAAUCACUUGGUAUGUAGAACUCCCAGAACCCCAGGGAAGUAGACAGGUGUCAUCAAACCUGGCAAAUUUCCUUUCAGAAACAACCAAGAGCAUGAUUCCACAGCCAUUCUAGGAUGUUUGAGAUUCUCUUUCAGUAGUAAACAAAAUUCCCAGUACGGAAUGUAGCACAGGCCAAUUUAUAAUUAAAUCUCUAUUUGUUCUGAUGAUACUUCUGAAAUAGCAUUGAUAUGUUAAAAAAGUUUGGUAUUACUUUUUAAUUUACUUCAGUGAUUAGCUUAGUUGCUUAACUGGAGUUUUAAUCCUGUAUAUGUACAUUGGAUUCAUGACCCUUUGCACAGCUUCUUUGGUUAUGUGGUGUUUGGCAGAAUGGCAAUAAGGUUUUCUCCCAUUUUGGCUUCAGAAGGACAUGAAUAGCGUGUUUAUUGUAACUCCUGUAGUACUUACCACUUUUAAAACCAACAUCUUUUUUCAUAAAUGUUGGUAGUGUUUGUCCAGGUACCUCAAUUGUAGCUUGUGUAAUGUUUAUGAAUAUCUGUAUCUUAUGGCUUCCAUAAUGGCUAGUUGAUAUUCAAAAACCUAUUUCUGUGUUUUGAGGGGUGGGAACAAAAAAACACUAAAUGACAAUUUGAGAAAGACAUAUUGCUUCCAGAUUCUGAUGUGUGUGGGAAGAUACUGUCACAAUGAAAAUCUUGGUAAUUUACUGUAACAAGUAACCAAUAAUUUAUCAAAACCAACUUGUACACACUAAUAAAUCUUUUUCACAGUAUUCAGUCUUCUCACCUCUUGCUAUUGUACAUUGUAUAUUUUCUACUCAUAUGUUAUUUAAUUUACAUUGAUCUCUGCUAUAUUAAGCCCCCAAAUACGUGAUUUGUCCUUUAAAGUUGGUCGCUAUAAUACCCCUUAGUAAGAUUCCAAUAUUAAUUUCUGGGCAAUUUGUUCUCUAUAUACAGUUGCAAAUGAUAAACAUUUUUGUGGGUGACCUUUGCAAUAUGUAUGUUAAUGGAUUUACUUCAAGUUGAGUUCUUUCUGAAACGUACAUCUUUACAUAUGAAAAUCCUACAUUCUACUUGAUUUACACUUUUUAGUCUGCGUUACAUGCGAUUGGAGGUUUUAUGCUUUCUGUAUGUUUUUACUAAAUAUAAAACAUUUAUUAAUAUAAUGUUGGAGAAAGAUAGCUAACACAUGUACUUAUGAUUUGUUCGUGUUACAUUAAAACGUUAGAUUUGUGUAUUUAUAUAGAGUCUGUAUUGAAAAGACAUUUUGUUUAAUAAGCUUUUUGUUCCUUGAGCUAUAUAAUAAUUUUUCUGUGCAUUGGAUUGUCUUGAUUUGGUCAGAAUUUGAAUACAUAUGAGUCACUUGAAAAUAACUUUUAAAAAUUAAUUUUGUUUGAUAGAUUUAUAUUGUAACCUUUUAUAGUUUUUGAAUAAAUACAGCCUGCUUUCCCUAGA